AUGACUUGUCCAUAUGCAAGAUUUGUCGAACCUGAAGAUGAAACAACAUCACCACCAACAACAGCAACAUCUAAAUUAACAAUAAAUGGGUCUGUUAAUAAUGAUGCACUUGCAGAAAUUCUAUCAUUAACGGGUUAUGGUACAUCAAGUUCAGCUAAACCUGAACUUAAACGUUUACCAUCAAGUGAUGAAUUAGUUACAUAUGGAAAUUAUUUACAAUUAAAUCUUUUACUUAAUUCACAAGUUUUAUUAAGUGCACAAAAUGAUCAAAAUAAAAAUCCUGUUCAUGAUGAACAUUUAUUUAUGAUAAUUCAUCAAACAUUUGAACUUUGGUUUAAACAAAUUAUUUGGGAAAUUGAUUCUCUUCGUGAUAUAUUUGGUGAUGAUUCUAUUGAUGAAAGUUAUAUGUUUGUAUCAAUAAAUCGUCUUCAACGUUGUGUUCAAAUAUGGCGUUUAUUAUGUGAUCAAAUAAUAAUAUUAGAAACUAUGACACCAUUAGAUUUUAUGGAAUUUCGUUCAUAUUUAUCACCAGCUAGUGGUUUUCAAAGUUUACAAUUUCGUUUAAUUGAAAAUAAAUUAGGUUUAACAGAAAAAUCACGUGUUUUAUAUAAUCAAUCAUCAUAUAAAAAUGCAUUUCCAAGUGCACAUGAACAAAAAGAAUUAACUAAUUCAUUAGAAGAAGCAACAUUACUUAUGGUUAUUGAACGAUGGCUUGAACGAACACCUGGUCUUGAAGAUACAAGUUUUAAUUUUUGGGAACGUUACAAACGUUCAGUUGUUCAAUAUAUUGAUUAUCUUCAAUCGAAUGCUGAGGAUGAACCAAACCCAACAGCACGUGAAGCAGCAUUAGACGAUGUCAAAAAAACCGCUGAUACAUUUCGUUCAUUUAUUGAUGAAAAAUUUCAUCAACAAUUACUUGCUAGAUCAGAACGACGUAUGAGUCAUAAAGCUUUACAAGGUGCUCUUAUGAUUAUGCUUUAUCGAGAACAACCACGUUUUCAAGGUCCUUAUCAAGUUUUAUCAUUAUUAAUGGAUCUCGAUGCAUUAAUCACGAAAUGGCGAUGUGUUAGUGUUCGUAAACGUGUGGUAAAAAUCUUUCGUGAUGUUUGUUUAUCACAACCAGAUUUUGUUCGUAUACCUGAUAUAUGUUCUCGUUUAUUGCGACGUAUAAAUGAUGAAGAAUCUAUACGUAAACUUGUACUUGAAACAUUUCAACAGCUAUGGUUUACACCAACACGUAAUCAUUAUGAAAUUCGACAACGUGUUCAAACAAUAAUUGAUGUAUUAAUUGAUGCACAAAAACAAAAUAAUACAUGGUUAGAAAAUUUAGUUAAAGAAUUUCUUCAAACAAAUGAUAAACAAUCAAAUGAUGAUAAAGCAAGAAUUCGUGAACAACGAAAAGAUGUUUUAAAAGCUAUACACGAUAUUAUUAAUGAAUUAGUUGAAUCUAUACUUAAAAUUGAAUCUGCAAAUGAUCAAGUUUCAUCAAAUAAAAUGGUUGCAACAUUUGUUGCACUCUAUGCAUUAGGUAAAGCUAACCCUGAACAUGUUUUAUCACAUGUAUCAACUAUAGUUGAAUAUUUAAAUAUAAAAUGUACAUCAUAUAAUGAUAAUGUUAUUGUACAAUAUGUUGCUAAAAUUCUUGAAUUUACUGUACCAUUAAUGAAAUCAGCAUCAUCAAGUAUAAUUUAUUCAUUAGAAGGCAGUUUAACAAAAUUAUUACUUGUUAGUGGUCAAUUAGUUAUACAUUCAAGUAUAGCUUGUCUAGCAGCUGCCGUUCGUCUUUCAAAAAAUGUUGCACUUGUUAAAGAAGUAUUUUUAAGAUAUCAUUCAUUUAUUAUUCAAUGUCAACUAAAAAUAAUUGAAAAUCCAAAUGACGAAUUUAAAGGAAGUGCACAAUUGGCUAGAUCGAUUUAUAUAUUAGGUGUUCUCUGCAAAUAUUUUGAUAUAGAAAGAAGUGAAUAUGACGAUCUUCAAUUUUCAGUUGAAGAUAUAUUUCAAUUAUUUAUGUUUUUUAUUGAACGACCUGAUUCUGUUGUUAAAUUAAAAUCUCUUGUUGGUCUUGGUUAUUUUCUUCAACGUUAUGGUCAAUAUUUAAUUGAAGAUACUAUUCGUCAAUUAUAUCAUACAUAUUUACUUGAUCGUCGUCCAUUAGCUGCUCAAUUACGUUGUCAAGUAUUAAUUAAUUUAGAAGAAUAUUUUCGUGAUUGUAUACGUCGUAUGGCUGAACAAGAUAUUGAUUAUCUUCAUUUACCAUCAACAACAAAUACAAAUGAGGAUGAAAAUAGUAAUGAUGCUCAUCAAAUAACUGGUGCUAAUCUUAAAGAUACAACUGAUAUACAUUCUGAAAUGGCUAGUUCAAUAGCACAAUGUUAUUUACGUAUUGUAUUAGAUACAUAUUUAAGUGAAGAUGAAAUAAUUCGUCAAUGUGUACGUAAAGUAGUAUCAUGUAUAUUAGAACAAGGUCUUGUACAUCCAGUUCAAUUUAUUCCAUUUCUUAUUGCAAUGACAACUGAUCGUGAUAUUAAUAUUCAACAAAGUGCUGAACAAAAUUUACAAGAUUUAGAUAAAACAAAUCCUGGUAUUAUACAAACAAAAGUUAUGCAAGGAUUUAAAAUGAGUUAUCAAUUACAAAAAUUACUUUUAAUACAAUAUAAUAAUAAUCAACAAGUAGAUCCACAAUCAGAUAUUAUUCGAGGUAUGACAAAAGUUGCUGUAACUUCAAUGACUAAUCAACAAUUACCAUAUUGUUCGGUAAAUCAUUUUCUUUAUUCAUUAAUUCGUUCAUCUCGUGUUUAUCGUCGUGGUUUAAUAACACAAUUAUUAAAAAUGUUUGAUAAUGAUUCUUCAAAUAUAUCAUCAUCAUUAACACUUGAAGAACAAUUAUUUGUUGCUGAUAAUCUUGCUUAUUUUCCAUAUCAAGUACAAGAUGAACCAUUAUUUAUUGUUGAACAAAUUGAUCUAUCAAUAAGUGUUAUUGGUUCAACACAAUUACAACAAUUUCGUGAUUUAUUAAAACAACAUUUAGAUUAUGUUGAUGAUGAUGAAGGUAUUGAUAUGAAUAAAUUAGAAAAUAAAUUAAAUGAUGUAUCAGAAACAAUUAUUAAUGAAUUAAAUCAAUGUUUACGUUUAACAAAACCAACAAUGUUAUUAUUAUUAUUAAAAUCUUAUCUUAAAGAUGUUUAUUAUUUAAAUGAUACGAAAAUAAUUGAAUAUGAUCAUACUGAAUCAAGUAAAAUAACAGAUCGACCAAUUCUUACAAGAAAAAUAAAUGUUAAAUUUGAACCGAAAAUAAUUCUUGAUACAAUUAAACCAAUAAAUACAUAUGAUACAAUACAAAAACGUAAACAAUUAAUAAAAGAAUUUGCUGAUUUUAAACGUUAUUUACUUGCAUUUGAUACGGAUAUUGAAGAUACAAUACAAUCGAUAUCGGAAUUAUUACCAGCAUCAUUCUCAACAUCUAAAGGAAAGAAAAAAGGUAGUGGAUCAAGUAGACGACGAAAAGUUAUGAUCGAUUCCGAUGAUGACAGUGUUAAUGGCGAUUUUUAG